GCCGAGCCUGGGUCCUCACGGCCCACAGCCGUGCGUAACAAAGCCGUGGCCGGUCACACGGGCGAACCGGCGAUCGUCGCGGUCAUCAAGGCUUUGGGAGCGUGUCUGUCACCAACAGCUUUGUGGUUUUGCUGUUUACUUGAAACCUGGCCCGUUUGGAAUUUAUUUUGUGAGAAUACAGACCCAGCUUCGUUCUUUCCAGAUGGCUGUCUGCCUCCCCGGGCGUCGGAUGUUGCUGCGUUUUGUCCAGCGCCUUUCGGACAUCCAGCGGGGGUGCGUGUGCGAGCUGCUCGGAGGGGAGAGCCGACGGUCCGGAGGCCAGGAGGCACGCAGGUUGUGCGAGCAGGAUGGGGAACCAGGGUCCAGCCCGUCCUCAGCCCCAGGGCCUCUCCUACCUCGGGCCUGCACAUCUGGACCCAAGGCCAUGCUCAGCACGUGGGGAAGGGGGACACCGCCUCCAGGCAGGACGGGGCAAGAAGGGAGAGACGCAGACACCGAGGAGAAGCCGCUUGGAGACGGAGACGGGGCAGAGGCUGGAGUGUGGCGGCCCCAGCCAGGGACGCCCCGGGGGCCCCAGACACUCCCCCCACCCCCGGAGCCCCCACCCCCGGGCGGAGUGAGGCCCUGCCCGCCUUGGUCUGCCUUGUGGUCUCAGAGCUGGUGGAGAACACACUCGUGCUGUCCAAGGUGCCCCGGUGGCAGCGUGGCCUCUGGUCUGGUCCUCCCGGCCCCCGCCCCCGGCUGCCUCUCGUGUCUUCCCUGCCUCCUUUGCUAAGACCACUGACCUCGGGCUCUAAACCCCACAUGCACGUCUUGGCCAGGACCUCUCCCCACAGAGGCCCCUGUCCGAGCGCCCGGCACCAAGCGGGCACCUCCCCUGUGCCCGGUGAGCAUCCCUCUCGGUCUGGGGCACCCCCACCCCCCGCCCCCUGCACUGGCUUCAACCGCCCCCUUCUUCGCUGGCAAAUCCCACCAACUCAGACUUCAGAAUGAAGCCACAAAGCCCCCUUUCUGUCCCCACCCACUGGAUUCUUUUGGGGGCCUCUAACUGGGCCCCCUCCCUGCCCUCACUGUGCUGUGUGGAGCGGCCAGAGCCCCCUCCCUCACUUCGCUCCAAACCUGCCUUACCACUUCGCACUGGCUGUUCCCUCUGACGAGAACACCCUUCCCUACGUCCCUUCCUGGCUGGCCGGUCCCCUCACCGCUUUUGCCUGCAGCUCAUCCCACGUUCCCAUCAUGCCUCCGGCUUCCUCGGGACUGCUCACCCCCCAUUGGAAGUGCUGAUCUUCUGCCUGUGGGUCUAGCCCCCAUCACGACACUUUCCACGCGCCCUUCUCUCCCUUGUGGCCGAGUCACCCAGAGCGCAGGUGACGAGAUCAGCAGGCUCUGUCCUCGAACGUAUUUGCAGAGGGAUGAACUCACGAAGGGGGGACACGGGAUGAGCAAACCCCAGGCUGGAGGCCGACAACUCGGGCCGGUGGGGCUGGGGGCGUGGGGACUCGGCAGCAAAGGGCCCAUGGGGCUUCAAGGCCUUCGACGACACUCAGUCUUCCAGAAC